AUGGCGAUGGACGAAGAACGCCCUGAUGAAAGGACGCACCUACUCGCUCAUGGCAGGAGGCUGAGCGAAGCAGAAGCUGCAUCCAUUGUUUCUUCCCAGAUCAGCAAGGAAGAACAGGCUCUGGGAGAGACCGCAGUUGGAGAGCGUUUGCCAUACAAUGACUAUACUACGAUUGAUUGGCUUCACGAUCUGGUCAAAGACUCUUUCCGCUACCGUUCCAUCCACACCGGGAAGGGCAUCCGCCAUAAACUCAGGUCAUCCUUUGAUUCCUGCGAGGGAUGGAUCGUGGCUGCAGUUAUUGGCACGUUGACGGCAUGUGUUGCCUACGCUGUGGACGUCGCUGUCGCCACGAUCAGCGACUGGAAAACAGGAUACUGCAAGACCAAUGUGUUUGCAAGUAAGGACAUAUGCUGCGCUCCGACGGCGUCACUGGACCCUUUUGCGGAUGAAAUGGGUGAGAGUUGUCCUGCUUGGAGAUAUUGGACCGAUAAAUACUGGCAUGGGUUUGGAAUAUACGUCGGUUUUGCCCUCCUCUUCGGCAUCAUCAGCGGCUCAGUAACCUUGACUACGAAGAGGAGUCUGCCUGCAACUGCUCCAGGCUCGGGCGACAGAGUACCCAUGGAAAUGAACGGCCAACAACCCACCCCUGCGGAUACGGCGAAGCCGGAGCCAGCUGGAAAAUCGAUAUACAUGGCCGCGGGCAGCGGGAUCCCCGAAAUCAAGACUAUCCUGUCGGGAUUUGUCAUUCCACACUUCCUGGAUCUAAACGUGUUGAUCGUCAAAGCGGUGGGCUCUGUAUUCGCCGUGGCUACGGGCAUGUGUUUGGGAAAGGAGGGGCCUUUCGUUCAUAUUUCUACGUGCGUUGCAUACCUGGUCGGUGUCCAAUUUCCAAAAUAUCGUGAGAAUGGUCGCAAGCUUCGGGAGAUUCUUUCUGCUGGCUGUUCGAGCGGUCUAGCCGUGGCCUUCGGAGCUCCUAUUGGAGGUGUGCUUUUUGCCUACGAAGAGAUUUCCACGUACUUCCCUCGAAAGGUCCUUUGGCGAGCGUUCAUCUGUUCGUUAUUCGCGGCCAUGACUCUCAGAGCGCUCAACCCUACAGGCACAGGAAAACUGGUGCUGUUUGAGACCAACUAUGGUACGAGUUAUCAACCAUACCAUUAUGUCGUGUUCGUCGUUCUGGGGAUCGCUGGCGGCAUUUUCGGUGGUGUUUUCUGCAAGGCCAAUUUCUUCUGGUCUCGCAGCUUCCGAAAGUACAACAUCAUCAAGAAUUAUCCUGUGUUUGAGGUCUUCUUGGUUGUCCUCGUCACGGCCCUUCUGCAAUAUCCCAACCCGCUUACUCGAGAACCUGGCGAUGUUAUCAUCAAGAACCUUUUGGUGGACUGUUCGGACAACUCGAGGAUGGCAUAUGUAUGUCUGCAGGAAGGGCAUGCUGCGCCUUCUCCCAAGUACCUUGCUUGGCUGGCCUACGGCACGCUUGUGAAACUCGUUUUGACAAUCAUCACGUUUGGCAUCAAAGUCCCCUCCGGUAUCAUCAUUCCUGCUCUUGAUGGCGGAGCCUUCUUUGGAAGGUUGGUUGGUCAAAUACCUUUGCUGGCAGGCUCUAUCUCUCCUGGAAUUUUCGCCAUGGUCGGAGCAGGGGCCUUCCUAGCCGGAGUUAGUCGAAUGACAAUCUCCCUGGCGGUCAUCAUGUUCGAACUGACCGGUGAGCUUGAAUUCAUCGUGCCCAACAUGAUCGGCAUCAUGGUAGCAAAAUGGGUUGCGGAUGCGCUUGAGCACGAGGGUGUGUACGAUUUGGCACAGACAGUCCUUGGCCAUCCAUUCCUUGAUCUUGAUUACAGUAUGAAGCUGGUGCAGCAAGAUACUUACCUCGUCGAGGAACUCAUUCCACCUGCUCAGACGAUGCGCGAGAUCACAGUGGACGUGCCCGAAAACGGUGUGGUACCUCGGGUCCUGUUGGCCCAGAAGCUACAUCAGCUCCAACGUCGAGGCCUCAUGGAUGCAGGACUUGUCCUCGUGCAGCAUGGUAUGCUUCAAGGCUACCUUGCGGAGGGUGAAUUGAAAUUUGGAUUGGAGAACCUAGGCCGGACGCUUCCAGAAGGAUGUCUUGUCCGUCUACUACCUCCGGCCGUAGAGGGUGCACCAUUCGAGCAUGAGGGCGAGCUUGACAUGUCACACUUUGUCGAUCGAACCCCACUGUCCAUAUGUGCCAAAGCCCCAAUGGAAUAUGCCGUCGAGAUGUUUGGCAAGCUCGGACUGAGGCACCUGUGUGUGACGGAGGAAGGUACUGGAAAGCUGGUAGGUGUCAUCAUCAAAAAGAGGCUCGUAGUCUGGUUAGAGGGAUUGCGGUGA